AUUUCCUGAAUUUUGAGUUCUACUUCAAAAACGAAAUUUGUUCUUACUUGUCUUUUGAAUUGCUCUAGGAUUUAAACAUCGUGAUGUCUAAUUUGCCUUUAAACCCCAAACCUUAUUUGAACAGUUUAACUGGAAAACCAGUUGUAGUGAAAUUAAAAUGGGGUAUGGAAUAUAAAGGAUUUUUGGUUUCUGUUGAUGGAUAUAUGAAUUUAGAGCUAGCAAACACUGAAGAAUAUAUUGAUGGAAAGAAUAAAGGAAAUCUUGGAGAAGUUUUAAUUAGAUGUAACAAUAUUCUUUAUAUAAGAGGUGUAGAUGAAGAGGAAGAAGAUGGCGAGAUGAAGGAUUAAUUUCGCCAUACACAACAUUUCUCAGUGUAUAUAUAUUCAUUAAUGUUUUAAUAAACUUUUUUUUGUGUGA